AUGAACGUACGUCGUGCCUUAGAAAAGCUUCAACUACCGAAUGGUUUACAUCAUGAACGUAUUCAAUGGUUGUAUGAAGGUGCAAAGUUUCAAGCAAAGGAUCAUUAUCUACUCUACUGGAUGCAAACGUCCGUGCGUACGAAAUACAAUUAUGCACUGGAAUAUGCAGUAGCUGCUGCGAAUGAAUUAAAAGUACCUUUGCAUGUGGUCUACGUCUUUCCAGAUCGUUCGGUUCUAUCACCAGUAGAGUCCGAUCCAGUAAAGGAUGAGUGGAAAAAAGAUGCUAUGCAAGAUGCUAGUGCUCAUGCAUUUGUCACAGAACGUCAUGCACUCUUUGCGCUGGAAGGUUUAGCUGACGCCUAUCAACGUUUAGCAGAUCGUGGUCUAAGUCUUGAUGUCUUUCACCAUCAACACAAGUCAGAUGAGUGGCCUACACGCAAUGAAUUGUUCAAGUUUUGUGCACAAAAAGCCGCGCUCGUGGUGACUGAUCGUCCAUACUUGCGUCCAUGGCGUUCUGCACUGGACAAUCUCGUGUCGUCCAUUCAAGAGGGAGAAGAUGAUAAUGACCACGAUAGUAGAGGCUUUGGCAUUGUUCAGAUUGAAGGUGACGUUGUGGUACCUGCUGAAGUUGUUACGGAUAAGGAAGAAUACGCUGCGCGCACAAUCCGUCCAAAGAUUACAAAGCACCUGGCUCGGUAUAUCGUGCCUUUGGAAAGCUUGACCAUUGAACAGGAAUACCAAACCCAAGGAAAAUCGUUGCUAGAUGUCCUUGGUACUUCCAAACAGCUCAAACCACUGGAUGUGACAAGUUUGGAUGCUGUUUCUAAUACGUUGGAGCUGUUGGAUGUUGACCAUAAUGUGAAGGGUGUGGAUUGGCACUUUCGAGGAGGUGAGAAUGCAGCUUCAGCCUAUGUGAAGAAGUUUCUCACUCCAGACAAACUUGCUCGAUUUGCAGCUGAGCGUAACGAUCCGAGUCUCGACGGUGGGAGUGACUUGAGUAUCUACUUGCACCAUGGACACAUCAGUGUAGUUCGUGUUGCGCUAGCUGCACAUAAGCUAAAAAGUGUGGCACGAGUGAAGGAAGGACUGGCAUCGUUCCUAGAGGAACUCAUCGUACGUCGUGAACUAUCGGUGAAUCUGGUCGUGUACAAUCAGGAUAACUACGAUUCCAUGCGCUGUCUGCCGAACUACGCACAGACAACCCUAAGAGAGCACGCAGACGACAAGCGUGAUCAAUUGUACUCACGUGAAAAGCUCGAGUCUUAUCAAACAAAGGACAGACUGUGGAAUGCAGCACAGCGUGAGCUUGUUGUUUCGGGCAAGAUGCAUGGCUACAUGCGCAUGUACUGGGGCAAGAAGUUGCUUGAGUGGACGCGAACUCCCGAAGAAGGUUUUAACGCGGCUUUGGUUCUGAACAACAAAUAUGCCCUGGAUGCACCUGAUCCAAACUCAUAUGCAGGUGUGGCCUGGGUAUUUGGAAAGCAUGACCAAGGCUGGAGAGAGCGCCCUAUCUUUGGCAAAGUCCGCUACAUGAAUGAGGCCGGCCUCAAACGAAAGUUUCCCAUGGAUGCAUAUGUGCACAAGGUGGGUCGUAUAGCAGCAAAGGCCAAGAAAGGAACUGACAACGAGGAACCAACAGCACCUGAGGACGAAGCGCGAACUGCUAAGCCUGGACGUAAGAAAGAUGGGACGAAGAGAUUGACUGAAAGCGACGCUGCUGGUUCUGCGAAGAAGAAGCAGCACAAGUGA